GUUUGACGAGUACUGGUAUAAUAAAUAUGUGGAUGCAUAGAUAUGUAUAUUUGUACUAGAUGUUUAAUAGAACUUCUAUUAAAUGCUUUUCGAUUUUACGAAAAUUAUGUAAGAGAGCAAGAGAGGAACGGCACUCUUAAGAGCGUGGCUACCAACAGUGUUGGACACAAAAAUUACAAGUGCUCUCAUAGCAAUCCGAGUUGCGAUAAGAAUAGAAAGGUUAACAUAUAACAUUAAAUGAAAAUGAAAAGUAAUCGAAAUAAUUAUAAAUUUUUAUGUAGAACUGAACGCAGUAACUUAUAACAGCACAAAAAAGAUCAAACAAAGCCCAGAGCUGAGCGAAACACUGAAGAUUCACAAGAACAGCAAUGAUGAAGCUUAAAAUAUUAUUUGGUUACAAAUAAAAAAAGAGAAAGUAAAUCAUGUUUCCAAUUACAAUAAUUUCCGAAAAUCCAGUCCUUGUAUGGAAAAAUGUUGUAUUUGACUAGAUAUCUUCACCGUAUUCAGCAUGGUAACUUCGCGGUUUGAAUUCAAGACAGUUGAGUAAUUUUUAGCCCACCACUGUAGUUUGCAUGUGUGUUUUGUUUACUUAUCUAUCGCAUGGCGAGAACGGCGAAUAAUUGCAGACAAAAUCUACAAGCAAUCACACAGACGGAAAUGUUUGUAUAAAAUGGUAAGUUGCUGUCUUGGAAGCUCAGAGAGUUAAGAAGCGUCUGCGCGGCUGGCUUAACGUAAUAAUUAUAUUUCGUAUUCGGCUGACUAAAAAGUAGUGCAAAAGUAAUAAAGUAAAACGGUUUUUGACAAGCGAGCAGAGUUUAUUUGUGUACAAAUACGUCACAGUUACAAGAAUCUUCAAAAUUCAAAAACAAUAAUUAUGAAGGCACCAGCAAACGCUCACUCUCACAUUAUGCAACUCGUGUUACACUUGUCUCUCGUUUUGCUCUGCCAAAAUGCUUACAGCGCCACACCAGAGCGACAGCGUUUGAAAACGCUGGAGCACGCUUAUCAAUACAAGUCACUGCCUGUGUCAAACACACUUUAUGCACAGCGCGAAGAGCCAGUCAAAUUGCUAAGAGUGCAACAACAACAAAAAUAUGAACCAACAAAUUUCAAUGGCAUCGGGCCGUUUGCACAAAAUUAUAGAAACACAGACUAUGAGCGGCCGUUAUAUGCUGCUGAUGAGCAGCAACAUGAUUAUUUUAAAGCUUUGCAACAACAACAACAGCAGCAGCGCGAUAUUGAUAAUAUUUACCAUGCGGCAAAGCAGAAAUAUAAGCACCAAUAUAGUUUACCAACAAACGCCUAUCAACUGCCGCAAAACGCAAUCAGCCAAGCGUCACGCCCACCCUUGGCUUCAGAAAUUGUAUACGCCAGAGAAGCAUUGCCCCAGUACCAAUCAGGAGUCGCAGCGAGCACCGCACAGGCCGCUAACAAACACAAAAGUCAUUCCAAUCAGCUAUUGCAUGCGCCUGAACGACAACCUGAGAAGGACACACGACUAGUCUACACCAACCAAUUACCCUAUCCACCGUCUUUUAUCAGCAUUACCAGUACGACAACAACGCAAUCACCACCAUACGAUAUGAGGCAGCAUAGUGCUGAUACCAACGAAAAUAAUAUCAAACAAUUUCCAGAUAUUUUCGCCAAACGUCAACAUAUCUCAUUAUUGGACUCGUAUAUACCCAGUUGGGUGAUGUUGCGUAUGCAACAACAACAUAAGCGCCAACAACAAAAACAAUUCCAUAAAUUUGUUGCUACACAUACUUUGGCAUAUCCGAUUUCAAAAACGUAUGCCCAAAAGUAGGCAACAGCGGUUGCUAUGCGCGCGUGGCCUACCUUUAGGCGGAAUUUAUUUUUUUAUAUUUUCGAUUGUUAUAUAUAUCUGAAAUUGUAGUCAUUUACAGAGUUAUUCAUGUUAUAUAAUAAAUACAUUUUAA